AAGACAAGUAGGUCGAAUCUCUACACAGCAGCUAUGAAUACUUACAUUCUCGUCUUCAACCACACUGAUCAUUGCAAACCCGCUGCAAAACCACCCUUCCAUAGUGCGGCGCGGAGCAUCUCCAAAGUCAAAGUAAAGUUUAAAGACAGAGCUAUUCCUGCCGCAGCGUGGCGACCUGACCUCCCUCCGCCUCAGCCAUCCAUCCACUCUUGAUACCAAUCCAACACCGCCCAUAGCUUGCCUACCAUGACCUCCUACCAGACCACCGCCGCUCCCGUGGGCUACAACGACGCACUGCCGAUCCAUUUCGCAAACGCGCGCUCGGCGUCCUCGUCUCCGCUCGGAUCGACAAAGUCAAGCGUAUCGCUGCACAAGCAGCUCCUCCACGCGCAGCAGCAGCAGCCUUCAGAACAGCAAGAAAGUCUGAUAAUACCUCCCGCGAACCGGAAUGCUGUUGUCUCCGAACCAUCAGAAACUGCGGCGGCAGAGAAAAUAGUAUCGUCUGAACAGGUCUCUACUUCACUCGAGCGCCUGCUCGCCCUGCCAAACUCCAUCCCACCGCGCGAGUCAACACACUACACCGCCAAGCUACGGAAAGCGCUCCCCACGCUCUCGGAGCCGCACCUGCGCGAGCUCGACGAGAUCCUCGCCAUCGCGCUCGUGGCUGGCGACAAGGCCGCGUCGAAGGACAGACUGGUCAAGUACAUGAUGGUCGAGUCUGGCGUCGCGUCCGUGUGGGGUACUGCGCUGAGAAGGAUUAUAGAGGGUGCUGAGAUUAGGUAGCGGAUACUGGGGUGACUUGGAGUUAUGUGUAAAUAGAACAGAUUAAUUGUAAAGAGGACUUUUAAGACAACAU